AUGAAAACAUACACUGUGGCCACCUUGCUUCUCUCAGUUGUCGGAUUGACUCUCGCCAACGACGACAUCGUCGGCGGUCAACAUGCCGCCAUUGGCGAAUUCCCGUAUCAAGUCUCGGUCCAAACCUCGUCUCACAGAUGCGGUGGUUCUAUCAUCGAUAAAAAUCACAUCUUGACCGCAGCUCACUGCGUGGACGGGCUGACCGCCCAACGCUUGAGGAUCCGCGCGGGCUCGUUGGAUCGUAACUCGGGCGGCCAAUUCGUUAAAGUGUCCAAGGUCAUUGCACAUGCCGGAUACGAUGCCAAGUCCAUUGCUAAUGACAUGGCGAUUCUAAGGCUCGCUUCGAGCCUGACCUUCGGAUCCAGGGUCGCGGCGGUGAAAUUGCCAUCGUCGACCGACGAUACACCGCAGGUCGGCACCAGAUGUUCCGUCACUGGCUGGGGAACCACUUCUCCCGGAGGGGCUUCCAUGCCUUCGAAUCUCUUGGUUGCAUACGUCAACAUUGUGGAUCAUCAAAAGUGCGCCAAAGAAUACGCUGAUCAACAUCCGCUUGAUGAUAAGAUGAUCUGCGCUGGAGUGCGAGCCGGUGGUAAGGGUGCCUGUGAUGGAGACGGUGGUGGCCCACUCGUUGAUGCCAGCACGGGCAAGCAGGUCGGAGUGGUCUCAUCGGAACCGGGAUGUGGGAAACAUAAUAAGGAUGGUGUUUAUGCUAGCACCGCGGCGUAUCUUGAUUGGAUCAGGAAUCAGACGGCGCUCUGA